UCUACUGCUCUCUUAAUUUGUUAUUGCUUUUAAUUUGGAGCAAAUCUGUUCUUAUAUGUAUUAAAGUUCAGACCUUUAAUUUUACCUUUCUUUAGCCUUGAGAUUCACUUUCGUCUACUCGGAGAUUCGGUCAUCCGGUUUACCAUAAUUAUCUCUCUCACUUGUCCUCAAUUUCUUUUUUAUUUUUAGUCAGCUAAUUCACUGUCUCUGAUAGAGAUCUUCAUGCCUAUGUUUUGAAUUAAAUUAAAAUCCUUACUGCUUAAGUUAGAAAUUUAUUUGACAUCUGACAAUAAUUGUUAGCCUUUGGUUGAUUUUGAAUUCAUUUACUUCUUAUUCUCACUAAGUAUCUUCUUGCAGUGAUCAAUUGGACCCUCUUUCUUUUUUUAAUUUUUGUUUGAUUAAAUUCCUACAAAAUCAGUUUUAUAAAUCCUCUUACUAUUUUUGUUCACCCCCAGGCCUGACCUGAUAGCUAUUUUUUUGUUAUUUCUUCAGGAGUAAGCCUGUUUAAUAGGAUGUAAAGAUGAUUAAAAAGAACGACGGUGGCUGUUUGUGCUCUUUGGAGACUUCCACUGGGGAACAGAAGAAGCAGAAGCUUGUGCCAUUAGAGAUGCCUUGAAAGUGGCGAAAGAAAAAAAAACUCGAUCAGAUCAUCGUGGAGAGUGAUGCAUCAACGAUCAUUGAGAAGAUUAAUAACAAAAUUUUCUUGGGAGAUCUCCGUACACACCACCUCUACCAGGAUAUCAAAGAAUGAAUUUUUGGGGACUACUCAAAAAAGGUGGGGGACCACUUUGUGAUACAAAUGUCCACCCUACAUUAUAAGGGGUGUCCUAAAAGAUUAGGGAAGACUAAUUUGUCCUUAUCCUAAUUAAGGUUAUAACUAACCCUAAUAACCCACUAAUCUAACCCACUACCCAGUAAUCCAACCCACUAAUUAUAACCUAAAUUAAAAGAAAAAAAUCAGUUCCAAAACUGAUUCUUUUCUUUCUUCAUCUUCUUCUUCUUCUUCUUCUCUUCUUUUCCUUUUCUUCUUCGUAGACAUCGACGUUAAUCGUCAAUUCGAAAAAAUUUCAUCGUCGAUUAAUCAAUCUUUAUAAGCAAUGCGUGCCAAGCAAACACCCAGACUUCCAGGAUUGAGUCCGGGACUCCCACAUAUAGUGAAUCUCCCAAAACAAUUGCUACUUCAGAAAGAACUUGAACCACCGUUCAGAGGCAAAAUCAAUCAUCCAACAGCAACCAAGAAGUCCGAUUCAAGUGAAAUGCAAAUCCGCGAGAACAAAGGAAAAAAAAAUUGAGACUACAACUAGAUGAGGAUUUGGAAACUCCCACCCCUCGUGGAGUAAAACAUUUAGAUUUCCGAAAACGUGGUGCCACAAAUGCUAAACAUGGAGGGGGCUUGUUACCGGAAGUCAACCAAGAUAAUGUUUGUGAUGUAAUCCAAGAUGUCAAUGAAGAGGUGAUGGAGAAUACAAUUGAUAAUGUUAUUGAAGAAGAGAAUGAUGAUGAAGAAGAGCAAGGAAAUGAAGACCAAGGAAAUGAAUAGGUUGAACAAGAGCAAGGAAAUGUAGAAGAAGAAGAACUAGAACCCGGCAAAGAAGGAGAAGGGAAAGAGGAGGAAUAGGAUGGAGACGAUGAAGAGGAGGAAGAGGAUGGAGAAGAGGGAGAGGAUGAUGAUGAAGAAGAAGAAGAGGAAGAGGAUGGAGAAGAGGGAGAGAAUGAUGAUGAAGAAGAGCAAGAAAUUGUUCCUGCUAAAGAGAAAAAGAAGCCGAAGCCGCCUAGCAAAAGAUACUCACACAUUCCCCAUGGUGAUUUGUGUUUUCCACCAGUGGACCCAACUUAUGGUACUCCAAAUGAUGGAGGGGCAACAUUGUUUGGGUACAAACACUCAUGGGCUACGAAGAUCUAUGUGACCAAGGAUCAUAACGAUGCAGUUCGUCUUAUUAAACGUCAAAAGGCGUCCACAUGGGAUCUUUCUUUGGAGUGUGACGAGUUUGUAGCCAAGGUUAAAGAAUGUGUGUUAUGGAGAUCUAUUGAGUUAGCACAUGUGGAAUUUGACACUGUUGCCGUAUCCGCAUUUCUCGAGAGGCAUUAUCCCGAGACAUAUACUAUGCAUCUUCCAUUCGGAGAGAUGGGAAUUACUCCCGAUGGUUACCAUAAUAUCGUCGGCUUACCACUGGAAGGUUAAUGUCUUCGAGAAGGCUACAACCCCUCAAUGAGUUAUGAAUCUCUUGAAAGAUUUGGCUCUAAAAUGUCUAGGAUGGGAUGCAAGAAAGUCUCAAUGUGAGUUUAUAUGUGCUGUGAAGUCCCCUAAACGUGGUGAUGAAUUUAAUCCAAAAGAGGCAAAUGGAACAUUGAAGAAGAAGGUCAAGAAAUUCAAGUUGGUAAAGUUGAAGGCAACAUUUGGAGGGACAAAAAAGAUGGUGGAGAAAGGAAAGCUGGUGAUGGACAGGGAGACCCUUAAGCAUCAUGUCACCGCUUAUUGGUUAUAUAUGCUAGGAACUGUCAUUUUCCCCGACACUUCUGGAAAUAAGGUGGAUGCACAUUAUCUACAGCUUUUGGAGCAUCUUGAUGACAUGAACAAAUACUCUUGGGCCACUGGUGUGCUUGCUUUUGUUUUACAAGAGAUGAGCAAAGGGUCGAGGAUUAAGUGUGGAGGUUACUUAACUCUUGUUCAGGUUUGGAUUUACGACCACUUCCCUAAAUUGAGAUUGGAUAGUGCAAGAGACUCUUAUCCCUAUAACCAACCUACAACAGGAAAAUGGUUGUUUUUGGAUGCACAAAAAAAGUCUAAAGAAGAGCGGUUGACUUCGUUGAGGGAGAAAUUGGAUAAGCUUACGGUGAAUGAUGUGGUAUUUCACCCAGACGCCGUACCCGAUGAUGUCUCUGUAGAUGAAGACGACUUGAAUGCUUUCUCUAUCGUCACGCCUUACUAUGGACCAAUUUGGCAUCCUAACGGCUACGCGAUAUAUAAUCCAAGGAGAAUGCUAAGACAACUUUGUUGCGUCCAAAUGGAUCUCGACGUGGAGAAUGAAAAUUUCACUUUGCAGGUUCAAGGAACAAAGAACACUGAGAAGUAUUUUGAGCCAAAUCAUGAACCAACUCCUGUGGUAGCACAUUGGAAUGCACUUACUAACUACCACAUACCAAGAGGUGAUUUGGUACCUUGUGAGGAAGAUGUAAAUGCAUGUGAGGAAGAUUAUAUGGAGUUUUAUGAAGAAAUUAGUCAUCCUUUUGUGAUAAAUAACGAACAACAAGCUAAGGCUGAUGCGGCAAAGGCAAAGUAGAGGGAGGUUAAGAAAGCUCAGAAGGAGAUGCCUAUUUGUGGAGAAGAAGCAAAAAGGUUAUGGGAUAACGUGGUGUUGAAGGGUACGAAAUUGGUGAAGAAAUGGAUGGCUAAAAUCAAAAGUGGAGAGCCGAUGGAGACUAAGGAACAAAUCGCCUACUACAAGCAGUGGGAGGGUCUUAUAACUAAUAGAAUGGUGGAGCCAAAUAGGUCUAAGCAACUGAAGAGGGGUCGACAACCAGGAGAAGGUUCAAGUCGCGCUGUGGACGAAACCGGUGGAGGAGAUGAAACCCCAAGUGAUGAGGAAGUUCGACCUAAAACUCGUGCUAAACAAGGAAGUGGUAAAAGGGGUCGACAACAAGGAGAAGGUUCAAGUCGCGCUGUGGAGGAAACUGGUCAAGGAGAUGAUACCCCAAGUGAUGAGGAAGAUUGACCUAAAACUCGUGGUAAACAAGGAGGUGGCAAGAGGGGUCGUAAAACUGGUCGUUAGUGAUUUCGUAUGAUUUUAGUUUCAAAAGACAUCUUAGUCAUGCAACUUCGUAUGGUGUGAUUUCUUCGUAUGGUCUAAUUUGGUAUGUUUGUGUGUUUUAAACAAUUACUUGAGGAUUUCGUAGUUUGGUUUGUUUAAAAGUUUUAUAUUUGUUUUAGAACCUUGUUUGUGUUUUCAAUUUUUACUGGGUUUGUGUUUUCAAUGUUAUAUAAGACUGAAAUGUUGAAAUACAGUAUGUUAUCGGUGA